AUGUUCAAUGAAGCUGAAUGGCAGUAUCAAAUAUCAGCUACAUUUUUCAUAGGGGUGAUAGUACCAACAUUAUUCUAUUGUUAUAAAAGAUAUGUAUCAACAUCUGCGAAUCGGUAUAAUAAACUAGAAGCACCAGUGAAAUUGAAUUUACCAAUUCCUGAUGAAGCUAAAGCCCAUUGGAAAGGUAAAAGAUUAUAUGCUCCCAAUUUAUCUGUAAGAGUUGUUGAUGAACCUAAUGUUAUACAAUGUUAUUGUCCUGCUACUGGACAAUCUUUAGGAGCAUUUCCAGCCACUACUAGAGAUGAAAUGGAUGAACAGAUUGAAAAAGCAUCUAUUGCCCAAAAGGAAUGGAAACAAUCAUCAUUUUCUUUACGUAGAAAAUUAUUGCAUAGUUUAAAUCGGUAUAUCAUUGAUCAUCAAGAUGAAAUUGCUCGUAUAGCUUGUAGAGAUAGUGGUAAGACAAGAUUAGAUGCUCUGAUGGGAGAAAUCAUGGUAACUCUUGAAAAAUUGAAUUGGAUAGUUGCUAAUGGAGAAAAAGCUUUAAGACCUUCACAAAGACCUGGUCCUUCAAAUUUAUUGAUUGGAAUGAUGAAAAAUGGUGAAGUUAGAUAUGAACCUUUAGGUGUAGUAUCAGCUAUAGUUUCAUGGAAUUAUCCUUUCCAUAAUUUAAUGGGUCCUAUAAUUGCUGCUCUUUUCACAGGUAAUGCCAUUAUUGUUAAAUGUUCAGAGCAAGUUGUAUGGUCAUCUCAAUGGUUUGUUCAUUUUGUUAGAACAGUAUUAAAACAAUUAUCAAUCCCUGAAGAUCUUGUACAAUUAUGUUAUUGUUUCCCUGAAGAUGCCGAUUAUUUCACAUCUCACCCAGGAAUUGAUCAUAUUACUUUUAUAGGUUCUAAACAAGUAGCUCAUCAUGUUGUUGCCAGUGCUUCCAAACAAUUAACACCAUGUGUUGUAGAAUUAGGUGGUAAAGAUUCGGUGAUUGUUCUUGAUGAUGUUAAAGAUUUAAAUGCUUUAUCAUCAGUCAUAAUGAGAGGAACAUUUCAAAGUGCUGGACAAAAUUGUAUCGGUAUUGAAAGAGUUAUUUGUUUACCCCAACUGUACGGAAAGUUAGUGGAGAUUUUCACUGAAAGAGUUGGGAAAUUAAGAAUAGGUUCAGAUAUUGAUCAAUUGGAUGAAAUAGAUAUGGGAGCCAUGGUUUCAAAUAAUAGAUUUGAUAAGUUACAACAAUUGAUAGAAGAUGCUGUAUCAAAAGGAGCAAAAUUGAUACAUGGAGGUAAACCUUAUCAACAUCCUAAUUAUCCUCAAGGACAUUAUUUUGAACCAACAUUAAUUGUUGAUGUUGAUGAAACGAUGGACAUCUUCAAUGAAGAGGUGUUUGGUCCAGUUUUGACCAUGAUUAAGGCUGAGGAUGUAGAACAUGCUAUUGAAUUAAGUAAUGCAACCGAGUAUGGAUUAGGUAAUUCAGUAUUUGGAAGAAAUUUCAAUGAAUGUAAUGAAAUAGCCAACAGAUUAGAUAGUGGGAACGUUGCUAUUAAUGAUUUUGCUACCUUUUAUGUAGCUCAAUUACCAUUUGGAGGAAUUAAAAAAUCCGGAUAUGGAAAAUUCGGAGGUGAAGAAGGAUUAACAGGAUUAUGUGUUGCCAAAUCCAUUGUUAUGGAUAAACCUUUAUUAAGAAUGUUAGGAAUUGCCACAGCCAUACCUCCACCAUUAGAUUAUCCUAUUAAGAAUGAUAAGAAAGCUUGGGGUUUUGUGAGUGCAUUGAAUUCCGCUGGUUAUGACAAUAGAUUUUGGAAAGUACUCAAGUCAAUUAAGAAAUUGGCUAAGGGAGGAUAG